CACGGUCCACACGGGACACAUGACACACAGCCCUCCGCGCACCUCUGCAGGGAUAGUGCGGACAGACGCCUCCCUCUCCCUCUCCCUCUUCGGCAUGAAGCGCCUCACCUCUGCACCCUGGGCUGCCCUGGCCCUCAGCCUGGUCUUUGCCUCCUUCCACUUGGCUUGCUUGGCAGAAGCGAGGAACAGCAACAACUCAACCUUGACCACCCAGCACCCAGAUCCCGGAAGCCUAGAGCAGUGCCCCAACGUGGACUUCUGCCCCCAGGCGGCUCGGUGCUGCCACACCAGCGUGGACGAGUACGGCUGGAUCGCGGCGGCCGUGGGCUGGAGCCUGUGGUUCCUCACCCUCAUCCUGCUCUGCGUGGACAAACUGAUGAAGCUCACGCCGGACGAGCCCAAGGAUUUGCAAGCGUGAGGCUUAGACCCUGAGCCCAGAGCACUUCGGUCGCCACCCAACUGCGGGUCACUGCGCGGGAGCGGGGGAGGGGUGCAGCUCCAGGUGUUGUCACCUCCGCGCUGCGGUGACUUCCACAAGAGAAGGAAGAACGAAAGGGGGAUCCGAGGACGAAAGGCCAGUGCUG